AUGACAGAGAUUCAGACGAAGCGUGCUUACCCAAAUCAGCCUACAAUCUUUCAAAAGAAGACGUGUGUUUUGCUCAUAGAAACCGGCAAGGAAAAACUCCCUCGGUACUACAAAAACAUUGGUCUAAGUUUCAAGACACCCAAAGAGGCCAUUGAAGGCUCCUACAUAGACAAGAAAUGUCCCUUCACAGGCAUUGUCUCCAUCAGAGGUUGGAUCCUGUCUGGUUUCAUGACAAAGAUGAAGAUGAAGAGGACCAUUGUUAUCCACCGAGACUAUCUCCAUUACAUCCUAAAGUAUGUCUGCAUUGAGAAGCGUCACAAGAACAUGUCUGUUCACCUGUCCUCAUUUCAGGGAUGUCCAGAUCAGUGUGACAUUGUCACUGUUGGAGAGUGCAGGCCCCUGAGCAAGACUGUACAAUUCAGUGUGCUCAAGGUUAUCAAGGCGGCUGGCACCAAGAAGCGGUUUCAGAAAUUCUAA